AUGGUAUCUGAGGACAUCAAUAUUAAGAACAAAAUGAAGCGCAAGCAGAUUUUUGCGCAGAUCAAAGACCAGCAGAACAAGGAGCGUCAUAAGAUGAGGAGACAGCGGGCGAAAGAAGAACGUGAAAACCCUGAAUUAAAGGAAGCAAGACUGGCUCAAAAUGUUCCUAACACUAUAGAAAGUAUGCGUGUAUACGACGAGUCGAUAAAACACGAAGUCGAGGGCGAAGAGGAUGUGCUUAUGAAGUUUUUCAACAUGGAGGGCGCUCCUCCAAAGAUCCUCCUAACUACCAACGUAAACGCAAGAAAGGUAGCCUAUGAGUUUGCAAACGUCCUAAUUGAAGUGCUUCCUAACGUCACUUUUGUGAAGCGGAAAUUCGGCUAUAAACUUAAGGAAAUCGUGCAGUUCUGUACCAACAGAAAUUACACAGAUCUGGUCAUCAUUAAUGAAGACAAGAAAAAGGUUACUGGUCUGACAUUUAUCCAUCUCCCUGAAGGUCCUACCUUUUAUUUCAAGCUCAGCUCUUACGUGGAAGUCGAAAAGAUCACUGGUCACGGCAGACCCACAUCUCAUAUUCCUGAGCUUAUACUUAAUAACUUCCAAACCAGACUCGGUAAAACCGUUGGCAGGCUAUUUCAAUCGAUAUUCCCACAGAAUCCUGACAUUGAAGGACGCCAAGUCAUUACAUUACACAACCAGAGGGACUAUAUAUUUUUCCGUAGACACCGUUACGUCUUCAGGAAUGAAGAAAAGGUAGGCUUGCAGGAAUUGGGUCCUCAAUUCACAUUGAAGUUAAAACGACUACAAUCAGGUAUUAAAGAAGAAACUGAAUGGGAACACAAGCCUGAGAUGGAUAAGGAGAAAAAGAAGUUCUAUAUAUAG